CGCGAGAAUACCUACAUCUCCUCACCCUCUCUCUCUCUCUCUCUCUCUCUUCGCCGUUGCUCUCGAGGUGACUUUGAUACUCCUGACGAGCGCAUUUUUCCAAAUUGGUGUUGGAUUGAAUUCAUUUUUCCGGUUGAUCUAUCAUAAUUUUGCUGCUGCGGGUUUGUACACCAAAUAGCAACAAGAAACAUUUGAUUUUGAUCUUUUCUAUAUAUUAAUGGAACUAAGGCGUUGUGAAACUAGACAUUUUAUCCAGACUGUUAGGGAUGGUUUGGUGAAAAAAGUUAGCAACAUAAGUUCCCAUGGAAGGCCAGUUAUUCAAUUCAAGACUUUAAAGGAUGUGUAUGAGAAUGAAGAUAUCAAAAGACUCCAAGGGUCUCCUUCAAAUUUGGUAUUCAACUACGAACAGUUGAAACGUGAAAAUUCAUGUUUUCCAGUGGCUGAUAGAAUAUUACAGGAAGUAAAACAUGAAACUGAUGAAUUUGUUCCUCGUGCUGAUGAUGAUGUGGAUAGUGAUGUGGAUGAUGACACCACAUUGAAACAGCUCAAGGUACGAUUGUUAAAAAAGAAAAGGAAAUCCAUACACAGUGAUGAGGAUACUAAACAGGAUAAUGUGAAUGAAAAGCCAGUGGAAGAUGAACCUGAUCUUUAUGAGCCCCUUAUCAAUUGGAAACUAAAGCCUUUAAAGGCCUCAAAGGCUAAAAGGAAACACAUGAAUCUAGAUGUUGUCUCCUCUUCAAUCAUUAACUUUUCUAUUAAAUCUGAAGAGCAUUUGAUGUCCGAAGGGUCCUCUCAAGUUGGUCGUGAACUAGCUCCAGUUAUUUGCGUCAAAGUCGAGGUUCCAGAUGCUGAGCAAUUAGGAUGCCUAGAUAAAACCUCUUCGGCUGAUGACUCAUCUAUUGCCCAUGAUGAGGGACUAAAUCCAGUUGGGAUACUGUCCAAUGGAUUUCAGCAAACAGCUCUGCUUGAAUAUGGAGAACCACAAUUGUCUGGCGGAAAGUACGAAAACUGUGUUACUAAUGAGACCUUAUUUGACCAUCUGGAGGACGUAGAACCUAUUUCUGUGCUUGUGCCCUGGGAUGGAACACGUGUGAAGUUAGCAACUCCAGAAUCUAUUUGUGAAGAGUUUCUCGAUUCCCCCCCUUUGCCGACUGAGAAAAGAAAAGAGACAAGGGAUGCACAUUCUUGUAUCAGUUCACCACCUGAGGAUCCAGAGUCAGAUGUUUUUAGUCAUUCCGGAAGUUCUUCCAGUAUUGAAGAACUAUCAGAGCAAAGAAGUAGUUCUGGCGUUCGAGCUCCUGAUAUGGCUACUAAUGGUAUUGGUUGCAGCGUACUUCAUCAGGAGCUUAACUGCAUCCUCUUUGAGGAUAAAUCUAAUGCAGAUUUUACAUAUAAGCAAGAUGAUUCUAUGAACAGUCCUGGCAAGGACUGUGGCUCUCAAGUGAAUUCCAUGAUUUCAUUGAGGACUGAUGAGAGUUUACUUUCGGUAGAGGAUGCUAAAGCUGAUGAGGAGCAAUCUUCAACAUGUUCCUCUAAUGCCAUUAAGAAGAAUGACUUACAUUGUGAAGGUCCCGUUGAGGAUGAGUUACUGAAGGCUGAGGAGAAGCAGAAGCCAGCAUCUCCUGUUUCUGGUACAGAAAGUCAGUCAUCUUUAAUGAGCCGAGCUUGUGAUAGCAAGGGAGGAAAUUCUAAACCAGAACCAUGUCAACCUCCGGAUAGGCUCCUUUCAACACGAAAAGUCAUAUCUCCAUCUUCCCAAGAACAAUUGCACUUGGUGAUGAAAUCGUUUCAACUAUGUGACUAUGCCGAUCAAGAUGUUUCAGAUUGCAAGAGGAAGCUCUUUGGAAAACAAACUGGGAAGAAGGCUUCACCUGUGAGAUCAGAUAUCCAAUCUGAUAAAGUAAAUGUUAAUCAUCAUAGACAGUCUGGUCAGGUUAGCCAGCAAAAAGUUAUAAGUCCUAGACAUAUCAUGAAGAAAUCACACAUUGCCAAAGGAAAUCUUGAGGGUCCUCGUUUCUCACGUACCUUACCGAACCUCAGUACUGGUUGUACCUCCAUUCAAGGUUGUUCUGAAAGUGCUAUUGCAUUCUCACAGCGACAGAUGCAUGACAUGGAGUCUCUUGCAGUGAAGCUGAUAGACGAGUUAAAGUCCAUGAAGGACAUUGUAGAACAAAAAUUGCUUUUUGAAGCAUAUCGCAAUGUUUCCUUGAAAAAUAACGCGGAUGAGGUAAAAUCGGCCAUUAACAAUGCUAAGAAGGUUGAGGAAAUGGCUCGAAAGUGGAUCUCUGUGAUGGCUAGGGACUGCAACCGAUUCUGUAAAAUAAUGAAAAUGACUCCAAAUAACACAACUGGUUCCAAGGAUGCUGUCCCCAGGUCGAGGAAGAAGAUUAUAUUUGCCGAUGAAGCUGGUGGAAAGCUCUGCCAUGUCAAAUUUUUUGAAAACAAUGAAACUUCUCCCAUUUUCGAUGAUGUGAAACAGUGAGGCCAUUCAAUUUAGCCUUGAUGUUGUAUAUUUCUGCUAUGCGCUCAUCUGAUGCUCAACCAGAGAAGCAGUUCCAGGUGGUUGCAGCAUCCUUCGGUUGCCCAUCAAUGAUCAAACUGAAGGUACCUUUGUGCAUUAUUGUGCCUUUGUAUUUCGUUUUCCAUACGAAGUACUGGAUUGACCAUUGGAGUUGUUGAAAUGGUCAUGACUCAUAACCCCUUAACAUCCCCUGAGAGUUUCUGUGAUUUAGGAUCUCCCUGUAUUGUACCUUGUAUUUUGUAAUUUGCUAUUACCACACGUGGUCCAUAUCUUCUCUGUUCAAGGCGAAAACCAUGAUUGAUGCUCAAAAGAAACUUAUUUAUUUAUUAUUAUUUUCUAAGAAAUGUUGCAAUAAAACAGUAGCAAAAGAAAUUUUCAGGUUUGUCGUAGAAU